AUGACGACGUUCUCCAGGUUAAAGGUUAACUCUGUCCACCUGAGAGAGUUCCAGCCCCGCCGACCCCCCCACAAACAGUCCUCCAAGCUCCGCCUCCAGCUCCUGCAGGUGGGCGGGGCUGAACGCGUCAUCGUCAGACGUCUCUCCCAGCGUUCGCCACCAGGGCAGCCUGCUCGCCUGCAGCACUGCAUUGUGGGCGUCGCGGGCACGGGCGGCGAUGGGACCCGAGGGGCUCAGGAAGGACUCAGCAUCUGUCGCCGUGACGAUGGAGAGGAGCGGGGCAUCUGCAGGGGGAGAGGGAGAGGAGGUGCUGGUCUGGAGUCAGCCCUGAGUGACGGCUGGUCCAGGAUCAGUCAGCCCGACAGGCAGCUGAUCGAGGAUCAAUCAGGCAGCAUGUUUCUCUCCGUCUGUCUCUCAGGUUCUGGUAAAGCAGAGUGUGUUCGGGCGGUCGACGUCCUGACGGUGCUCAGAGAGAAAGUGGCCUUUGUGUCGGGUGGACGGGACAAACGUGGCGGACCAAUCCUGACCUUCCCUGCCAGGACCAAUCAUGAUCGAAUAAAACAGGAAGACCUCAGCCGAUUGGUCACUUACCUGUCGACCAUACCCAGUGAGGACGUGCGUGCUCGUGGCUUCACGGUGGUGGUCGACAUGCGCGGCAGUAAGUGGGACAGCGUGAAGCCGGUUCUACGGACGCUGCAGGAGUCGUUUUCCUCCAACAUCCACACGGCGCUGCUCAUCAAACCAGACACCUUCUGGCAGAAACACAAGACCAACCUGGGCAGCGCCAAGCUCAGCUUCGAGACCAGCCUGGUGUCGGUGGAAGGUCUGUCCCGGCUCGUCGACCCCUCCCAGCUGACCGCUGACCUCGGUGGCUCGUUGGAGUACGACCACGUGGAGUGGACCGAGCUGCGUCUGGGUCUGGAGGAGUUCUCGGGGGCUGCCACGCAGCUGCUGGCCCAGUUGGAGCAGCUGGAGGCCGGGCUGAACCGCAUACCAGAGCCCCAGGACGUGGACGAGGCUCGCAAGCUUCUCGAGGAACACGGUCGCCUCCGCAACACCAUCGCCACGGCACCAGUCGAUGCCCUCGAGCGAGAGGGGCGGAGCUUGCUCCAGCGAAUGCGGCUGGGCCCCGCCCACGGUGACGCCUCUACUGAAGGCGGCGGCAGUAGCCACGGCAGCUGGCUGUCGGGCGGGGCGGACUUCCAGAGUGUCGUGCCGAAGGUUUCGUCUCUGCUGGACCGUCUGCAGGCGGCUCGCAGUCACCUGCUGCAGAGCUGGAGCGACAGGAAGCUGCACCUGGACCAGGCGCUGCAGCUACACCUGUUCGAGCAGGACGCCACCAAGAUGUCGGAGUGGAUCGCUCACAGUAAAGACCUGUUCGUGCAGAGUCUGGCGGAGGUCGGGCAGAACCACCAGCACGCCGUCGACCUCCAGACGCAACACCAGCACUUCACCGCCAACUGCAUGAACGGCAGCGUGAACGUGGACAGCGUGGUUACCGUGGCGGCAAGGCUGGCAGAGGCCGGUCACUACGGCGCGGAGCGGAUCGCCCUGGUGUCGUCACGGUUACAGGAAGACUGGAAGUCCCUGACGGCGGCGCUGGAGGAGCGCAGCAACACGCUCGCCAUGGCAACCGGCUUCCACCAGGGGGCGGAGCAGUUCCUGCUCAGGGUGGAGGGGUGGGUUCAGGCGUGCUCUGAAGGGUCGUUGCCGUCGGCGACAGCCGAGCUGGAAGCUGCGUCGAAGAAACACCAGGAACUGAACGAGGAGGUCUCUGCUAACUACACACAGGUCAGUGAGAGUGGUAAAGCCUUAUUGGACGUCCUCCAGCGUUGCCCGGCGACAGACUCUGAUGACUCGGCGACCAAACCAGACUUCACUCCCGCCACGCACGGCAUCAUGGGAGUUCUGCACCAGGUCAUGCAGGGUCACCAUGAGGUGGAGGGGGCGUGGCAGCACCGUAAGCUCCGCCUUCACCAGCGCCUGCAGCUGUGUGUGUUUCAACAGGAUGUUAGACAGGUGUUGGACUGGGUGGAGCAGCACGGCGAGGUUUUCCUGAACAAGCACAGCGGCGUGGGGAAGUCUCUGCACCGAGCGCGAGCGCUGCAGAAACGCCACAACGACUUCCAGCAGGUCGCACAGAACACAUACACUAAUGCAGAGAAGCUCCUGGAAGCAGCCGACCAGCUGGCUCAGUCCGGAGAGUGCGAGGAGGAGGAGAUCUACCAGGCAGCCAGAGACCUGGAGCUCCGCAUGCAGGCGUUCAUCCAGCGAGUUGAACAGAGGAAGCUGCUGCUGGACCUCGCUGUGUCCUUCUACACACACACCAAGGAGCUGUCAGUCUGGAUGGAGGGCCUUCAGAAGCAGCUCUCCUCAGAUCUCUGUGUUUGUCCGGACUCCGUCGAGGCUCUGCAGGCUCUCAUCAGCCAGCAGCAGCAGCAGCAGGCCAACACACAGGAAGCUGCGAUGAGUGUCAUCCGGGAAGGAGAAGACCUCAUCCUGCAACUCAGGUACACACAGAGGGCGUGGGUGCGUUUGAUUCAUGCCUCUGCGCUGCGCGUUUCUUUCAGGCCCCAGGGCAGCUCGGUGGCCCAUGUGGAGUCAGUGCUCCAGCAGCUGGAGGAGGCUCACGUUCAGCUGGAGGAACUUUUCCAUCAGAGGAAGAUCCGACUGGAUGUUUACCUGCAGCUCCGCAUCCUGCACCAGUGCACACUGGAGGUAACUGGGGAAAUGGACGCCUGGAAGCAGGACCUCCAGAAACAGUCCCAGGACUUCUCUGCAGAGAAGCAAGCAUCACCGCGACUGGCCGACGGCAACCAGGACAAGCUAGCAUUGGGCCAGACGCGGCUAGUGGAGGCUAGCCCUGAGGUGCUAACGCUAGCACAACAGCGCAUCCACAGGCACAUGGAACGAAGGCUGGCUAUGAACAAUAUGAUCUACGAGGUCAUCCAACAAGGUCACGACCUUCAGCAAUACAUUACUGAGGUCCAGGCAUCAGGUAAGAUUCACACUGUGGCUGUGACGUGUGUGGCUACCCUGUUUGACCUGGGCCACUGCAGUAUCUUGCCUGCUUGUCCUGGCAGAAAGGAGGACCCCCGCUUGCAGCCCUCUCCACAACCCAUGAGAGGCAGAGAUACCUUCCCCUACCCGCUCCGACAGCUCGAUACCCUUUCAGUGCUGGGUUGGAUCUCGGAGGGGGAGGUCAUGUUGUCGUCCUGCAUGUUGAACUCCAGCUGUUUAUCUGAAGCUGAGCAGCUGCAGAGGGAGCACGAGCGCCUCCAGCAGGCCAUAGAGGCUCUGCUCCACGCGGACUCCCUGCAGAGGACCCAUCAGGUGGCUCUGGCUCUGCAGCAGAGAGCGGAGCUGCUGGUCAGGUCAGGUCACUAUGAUCCAGAUGCAGUGAGGUCUUGUGCCCAGACGGUGGCGCUGCACUGGCAGACUCUGAUGCUGAGGAUUGAAGACAGACUCAAACUGGUCAAUGCCUCCGCAGCCUUCUACAGGACAUCCCAGCAGGUGUGCGGGGUGCUGGAGAGCCUGGAGCAGGAGUACCGCAGGGAGGAGGACUGGUGCGGAGGUGGAGACAGGCAGCCGGAGCAACUCAUGCCGCUCAUCAACAAACACAUGGAGCAGAAGGAGGCGUUCCUGAAGGCCUGCACGCUGGCCAGAAGAAACGCUGAAGUUUUCCUCAAGUACAUCCACCGCAACAGCGUCACCAUGGCGAACAUCUCGGGCCACAGCGUCACCGUGUCCGGGGUAACGGGCGUCACCGAGGUCACCGGGCACUCCAGGGUACCGGAACAGCAGGUCAAAGGUAUCCUCAGUGAGCUGCUCCAGAGGGAAAACCGAGUUCUUCAUUUCUGGACUCUGAAGAAACGUAGACUGGAUCAGUGCCAGCAGUACCUGAUGUUCCAGAGCCACGCCCAGCAGGCUCUGGAUUGGCUGCAGCAGUCAGGUGACCACUACCUGGCCACGCACACGUCGCCGGGGGCAACAGUGGCUGAGACGCAAGAACUGCUGAACCAGCACAGAGAGUUCUGUGUAUCCGCCAAGCACACGCAGGAAAAGGUCCACCUGCUUAUCCAAUUGGCUGAGAGCAUGCUGGCUAAAGGCCAUGGCCACCGCACAGAGCUCCGCCGCUGCGUUUCCACGGUGGAUAAACGCUACCGCGACUUCACUGUCAGGAUGGGACAGUACCGCCACCUGCUGGAGACGGCGCUGGGAGGGUGCUCGCAGGACAAUAAGGACCUGGAGCUGGAGCUCAUCCCCAACAGUCUGUCUGACUCCGACCCCGAGGUCAACCUGUCUGACCCCAGCCACCAGGUCAGCGACGAGAAGAGACGCUCCGCCCGCAAGAAAGAGUACAUCAUGGCUGAGCUCCUUCAGACGGAGAGAGUCUACGUCAGAGAUCUGCAGGAGUGUAUCGAGACAUACCUAUGGGAGAUGACAAGCGGCUCCGAGGACGUCCCUCCUGGACUCAACAACAAGGACGACAUUGUGUUCGGAAACAUCCAGGACAUCUACGAGUUCCACAACAGUAUUUUCCUGAAGGAGCUGGAGAACUACGAACAGCUUCCUGAGGAUGUUGGACACUGCUUCGUUACCUGGGCUGAUAAGUUCCACAUGUACGUGACGUACUGCAGGAACAAACCGGACUCCAGUUUACUGAUCCAGCAGCACGGCGCCGGCUUCUUCGAGGAGGUCCAGAGGAGACACGGUCUAACCAACUCUAUCUCCUCGGCUCUCAUCAAACCGGUUCAGAGGAUCACCAAAUACCAGCUGCUGCUCAAGGAGCUGCUGGCGUGCUGCGAGGAGGGGAAGGGCGAGAUAAAAGAAGGCCUGGACGUGAUGCUGAGCGUCCCGAAGAGAGCGAACGAUGCUAUGCACGUUAGCAUGCUGGAAGGUCUGGACGAGGGUCUGGAGGUGCAGGGCGAGCUCCUCCUCCAGGACUCCUUCCUGGUUUGGGAGCCAAAGUCUCUGAUCAGGAAGGGGCGGGACCGACACCUCUUCCUGUUCGAGCUGUCACUCAUCUUCAGCAAGGAGAUCAAAGACUCGUCCGGACGAACCAAAUACCUGUACAAGAGCCGGCUGAGGACCUCAGAGCUCGGCGUCACGGAGCACAUCGAGGGGGAUCCCUGUAAGUUCGCUCUGUGGGUCGGACGAACGCCGACGUCCGACAACAAGACGGUCCUGAAGGCGUCGUCGCUGGAGCUGAAGCAGGAGUGGGUCCGCAGCAUUCGACAGGUGAUCCAGGAGAGGCGGGGCCACCUGCGGGGGGCGCUGAGGGAGCCCAUCCCCCUCCCCAAGACGCCGAACCCCACCCUGGGUCGACAGCGCAGCAUCAGCCGCAGGUCAGCGCACGAGGACGGCAGACAGUCUGGUGAUGCCAGCAAGUCAGCCCGAACAACCGUCCCAUCGGCCUCCCGAACAUCGCAGAACACCGCCGAACGCCGACAAAAGCUGUCCGGAGGCUGUGAGUUAGUCGUGGUGUUGUUGGACUUCUCCUCCGGUGGACCAGGAGAGCUCAGCGUCCGCUGCGGUCAGACCGUGGAGCUGGUGGAGCGCUCAGCCGAACGGCCCGGGUGGUGUCUGGUCAGGACGACAGAACAAACGCCCCAGCAGGAGGGUCUACUGCCGAUGAGCGCCCUCUGUCUGUCACACUCCCACAGUGCAGCCGACAUGGAGGGGCUCAUCCCGGCUUCCACCACCUCCUCCAGCACGUCGUCUACGAGCACCACCACCUCCUCCUCCUGCAACUCCUCCUCCACCACCACCUCCUCCUCCAACAGCUCCAACUCGUCCUCCACUCUGAGCGCUGGGAGGGGUGAGACAUCUUCCUCCCCGUCUGAUCAUGCAUUAUUAAUCCCACUUACUGUGCUGAGUCUGCUUUAAGUAAUGUCUGAGAAGCACCGUUAAAGGAGCUGAUUCAAAUGUUAGCUUCAUAUUAUUGUCCUUUGACUCCGUCCAUCUGCCGUCGCUGCAGCACUUCCCAUGUUUCCCCUGAUGUCACUUCCUGUUUAAACAGUGGGAACUUUAAACAUCCUCAGCCCACAUACAUGUUGAAUGAUGUCCCACAUCCUGUCUGUCUCUCUCUGAAUAUUUAAAUAUGUGUUUGUGAAGCUCGUCCUGCGGCAU